GCGGGCUGGAAGAUGGCGGCGAUUGGGGAGGCGGGAACGGCGGCAGGUGGAGCGGCAGCGGAGGAGGACGUCCCGGCCGGGCCCCGGGCACCCGCCGGCUGCGGCAGUGAUUCUGCGAUGGCAGAUGUAACUGUUAGCAUGGAUACAGAUAUGUCUGGUUGUAAAGAUAUUGAGGUAUCUGCUGACAGCACUGAAGCUACUGAUACCCAACAGGCAGGGACAAUAGAGGAAGAAUCUGUACGGCAUCUUGGUGGAGUGGAGCUCCAGUGUGGAAUCUGUGUAAAGUGGUUUUCAGCGGAAACAUUUGGCCUAGACACAACCUCUUGCCUUCCGUUCAUGACCAACUAUAUUUUUCAUUGCAACCAGUGUCACCACAGUGGGAAUACAUACUUUCUCCGAAAACAAGCAAACUUGAAGGAAAUGUGUCUCACGGGUCUUGCUAAUUUGACCUGGCGUUCCCGAACUCAGGAUGAACAUCCCAAGACCAUGUUUUCAAAGGAUAAGGAUAUCAUACCUUUUAUUGACAAGUACUGGGAAUGUUUGACUACCCGACAAAGGCCUAGCAAAAUCACUUGGCCAAAUAACAUCGUGAAGACAAUGACCAAAGAGCGGGAUGUGUUUCUAGUGAAGGAGAACCCAGAUCCUGGCAGCAAAGAUCCACAGGAUGAUUACCCCAAAUUUGGUUUACUAGACCAGGAUCUUUCUAACAUUGGCCCAGCAUAUGACACACAGAAACAAGGGGGAUCCUUAACUCCAGGAAGCACCCUCAAUGGUGGACCUUCAUUUGGAGGGCAACUGAGCAGUGCGGUGGGUAGUGACGCAACUGGGGGUCGCACCCGUGACUCCUCUCAAGGCGGCUCUGUUGGAGGAAGUGGGAAAGGAAGAGGAGCAAAACGUAAGCAGGACGGAGCUUCAGGAGGGGCUGCCAAGAGGACCCGAAGUGACCCCCUAUUUGCUGCUCAGCGACUUCCCCCGCAUGGAUAUCCACUGGAACAUCCGUUCAAUAAGGAUGGAUAUCGGUAUAUCCUGGCUGAGCCCGAUCCCCAUGCGCCAGACCCAGAGAAACUUGAACUAGACUGUUGGGCUGGUAAACCAAUUCCUGGGGACCUUUACAGGGCUUGCCUCUAUGAAAAGGUUCUUCUGGCACUCCACGAUCGAGCUCCUCAGCUGAAGAUCUCAGAUGACCGGCUAACUGUGACGGGAGAGAAAGGUUACUCCAUGGUGCGAGCGUCUCAUGGAAUUCGGAAGGGAGGCUGGUACUUUGAGAUUACAGUGGAUGAAAUGCCCCAAGAGACAGCUGCAAGACUUGGCUGGUCACAGCCCUUAGGCAACCUCCAGGCACCCUUGGGCUACGAUAAGUUCAGUUACUCUUGGCGCAGUAAGAAGGGGACCAAGUUCCAUCAAUCAAUAGGCAGACACUAUUCUGAAGGCUACGGGCAAGGAGAUGUUCUUGGGUUUUACCUCUACCUUCCCGAGGACACAGAGGCUGCCCGGGCACUACCAGAUACUUAUAAAGACAAGGCUCUGAUUAAAUUCAAGAGCUAUUUAUACUUUGAGGAGAAAGAUUUUGUGGACAAAGCUGAGAAAAGUCUCAAACCAGCAACAGGCAGCAAGAUGAUAUUUUACAAGAAUGGAGAGAAUGAAGGAACUGCCUUUGAAGAUGUGUAUGCUGGUGUAUAUCAUCCUGCAAUUUCUUUGUACAAGAACUGCACAGUAUCAAUCAACUUCGGACCAAAUUUCAAGUAUCCUCCAAAAGACGUUCCAUUCAAACCAAUCAGUGACAUGGGCUGGUAUGCUGUGGUUGAGCACACACUGGCAGACAUACUUUACCAUGCUGAAGGAGAGGUGGAUGGCAGACGAAGCCCUCCCUGGGAACCUUAGCUCUCUUAACACUAAAAAAACAAAUUUAAGAAUUAUUUAAUGAUGUGUUGGUCAUCUGAAGCUAAUAGAAGAGGUUCUUCAAGCACGAGGCAUCGUAUUUGCAUCACACAUCAGUGGUACAAUUCAGGACAGUUUUGGAAUGCGUGGAUUUAGCUGAGCUAAUCCUGGUAUUAACCUUUACCAUACUGCCUGAUGACAAAGAAGUCCAUACACAUGUAAAUUGUGAGGUAUACAGUUGUCAAUUUCAUGACUGGCGCAUUAACCCUGAUAAUCCAGUGCAAUUACCUGUGCACAUGAUUGCUUCUUUAAGAUGCAUUUUCUUUAUAUUGAGAUAAUGAACCUUCAAUCCUAAAUAACAGUAGAAAUGAUGGCAUAUUCUCAAAGUUCAAUGGUUCCUGCACUUCCAUAUUUUGGAUUGAUGACUUUGAUACCUAACCAACGGAAACUGCUGCUUCAUGGAAUCCUAACUAUCAAAUAGCUGUGAAGCUUCAGAUUGUUUGUGAACCAAAAUAAAGAUAUGAAAGAUUACACAGUGCUUAAUGAAAUUGAUUCCACGGGGCAGACCAUUGUCUCACAAUGUGAGUUGUAAAUGUGUCUAGAGAUGGUGCUGGAAAAAUGGGUUCACAGAAGGAAUCUCUCAGAAAAAUAGGUGCACAAAAUAUAGCUGUGCAUUUGGAUACCAUUUAUCUGCUUCGAAAGCCAAAAUAGAUGUUUGUGUAUUUGGGAUUAGCGAUUGUACCACAUGUUGUUAUCUCAGUUUUGGUUGUGAGCUUUGUUCACUUUCUUUUCAACGUUUGGGGAAAAAAAUGCCAGCAAUUGGUUUUCCAGUCGUUGAUAUAUUAACUUGCCCCCUUCCAAUGUUAUUUUCAUCUACUAAUGUCAUAACUUACCUCCAACUUCAUCUUAAGUUAAUGGUGAUAUAAAAGGCAGCCCAUAUUUUGAAAUUGGGUCGAUGAUUGAUAUUUGAGAAGUCAUUCCUUUCCAUUUCAUUCCAAGCUUUGAGAAAAAUUAACUUGAAUUUUGGCUGUAAUAAACAGUUCUUAUACCACUCGCUGUUGAAAUGUGUCAACAUGCUGUUCCUCAAAUGUACUUGCAGCUUAUUUCUUCGUUUGUCUAUAUUUUUCUGUCAGUUCAUUUCAGGUACCACAGCUUAUCCCAAUAUUGUACUAGGAGGCAGGGGAUAAUAUCAACCAGUUGGGGUUGAUAGUGGUGCAAAGAAAUUAGUGGUAAUGUGUAAUACUUUUUAUCGACUGGUGGCAAUUGUAAGUGUGAAUGCUCAGAUUCAAGUGCCAUUGUGUAUUUUAAUUGUAAAUAAACUUGACCUGUAUUUUCAGUCUGUGGUUUUGAAGAAUCUUCAUCUCGCUGUUAUCAUUGGACUCAAAACAUACAUUGUGAGCACUUUAUAGGUACACUGUACACCUGCUCAUUCAUACAAAUACCUAAUCAGUGCCAUUGUGUAUUUUAAUUGUAAAUAAACUUGACCUGUAUUUUCAGUCUGUGGUUUUGAAGAAUCUUC